CUAUAUAGAAAUCAAAGACGUAGUCCUACGUCAAAAUCACUUGGCAUCCAUGGCUCGAGAUUGUGGCAUCGAAAAUAUGACAACGCGUCAGAUACCUGGCUUUCAGGGAAUCCGCCGCGACGACAUUGUUUUGUCAAUUCGGUAUUGUGAGGUAAACAUAAACAAACGCUGCAUAAAAUUCAUACUUUUUGUUCAACGUUAUUUCGAAGGUUUAUAGCUUUCAGCAACAAUGGCAUCCAACGAGGCAAAAACUUUGAUGUUGACGGUGAAGGUACAACUUGCGGAUAUCAUUCAAUACGCCGCAGGAGCAAGCUGGCUGAUAAUCGAAGGUGAACGUGUGUUUCAAGCUAACCGCUUACUUCUGGUCGGAGUCCGAACCGUACACGAGGACGGCGUCACCAUAUUUGCCACUUGUUUAAAGUCAUCGUCACCGCGGUCUGAGCCGCACAAAAUUUCCAUCCGUACCAGACCUGUCUUUGAACAGUGGACUUUGCAGUGUUCGUGCGAAGCUGGAAUGGUAAAGUGCAAGCACAUAAUGGCAGUUUUGAACCAUCUUCUAAUGUUUCCAUCGGUUCCAUUGCUUACUGCAGCAGACUUGAGACAGAAAUGGGGUGAAAUUACAGAAAAGGUUGCUGUCGACAUGCACAGGCCAACGUUACUGACGGCGUUCUGCAAGAAAACGACGAAUGCAGAGGAUAUGGCUAAAGUUGUUUCUCCUAUUUUACUACCAGCCCCGCCAGCGGGACUGACUCCGGACGAAAGUAACACCAUUCUUCAACUUUUCGUAGAAGGAUUCCCUGAAAGCAGUUUGGCAUUCGAAAAAAAUGGACGACCAAAGGAAAGAUCCACACUUGUUCACGGUGAAGGGGUAGAAGUUAUGGAGUGUUCGAAUCAGUAUUUAAAAAAAAAUGAUAACAUCUAUAUUUAAAAAAUAUAUCCUUACUAGCUGACCCGGUAAACUUCGUCCUGCCCUAAAUUAAUUAUAAUAACAUCCACGUUUCCUUACUAAGCGCACGUUUGUGGGUCCAAUCGCGAAACUGUUCAUUGAUUGAUCUUCUAUUCUACCCUUUAAAAUUACUUUUUUCUAUGAAAUUUCAGUACUUCUACCGAAACUCGACAUUAUAAUAUCAGAUUAUUUUCAAACACAAUUCUCUUGCAAGAUUUGUCCGUUACAUGGAAUAAAUGUUUGAUACAGAAAAUAUGAUACAAUGAAGACAGCCCUUCUUCUUCUUGAGUGGCGUUAACGUUCCCUGUGGAACUUUUGCCGUCUCAACGUAUUCAUUAACUAGCGUCGUUCAUUAAUACUUGGUUGAGAUUUCUAUGCCGAAUAACACGCCUUGAAUGUACUCUGGAGUGGCAAGCUCUAGAAUACGCGUGACCACAGUGCAAGCCGGAAGAAGUUUCUUUGACGAAAAAUCCCCCAACCAGAACGGGAAUCGAACCCGAACACCCGGCAUGAUAGUGUGGGACGCUAACCACUCGGCCACGGGUGCACCAAGACAGCCCUAAAUCGGACAAUUAAUUUCUCGAGUUUUGCUCUUAUCAACACAUUCGGCGAUCCAUUUUUAUUCAUAUAGAUAGAAGACGAUAUAGGAGUGCGUUUUAUCACAUUAAAAUCCAUUUCCACUUUCGAACGAAGAUCAAUUUCGUUACCGCAAACAUCGAAUGGACUAACAACGCUUGUCAAUAUGUAAUUGUAGAACACAUAGGAAUUGAAUUUUUCGAAUUUUCCCAUUUUCCUUCAGAGUUCUCCGAAGAUUUUCAAUUGUCAUGUGGAAUAUGUUUGAUUGAAAUAUGUGUAUUAUUUUUAUGGUACCCCCUCUUCUUUCCAGAGGAGGAAGGGGUGUCAUACCAUCAUACAAUCAUUUCUCGUACCCGAAAACCCUCACAUCCCAAAUUUGGCUCCAUUUGCUUGAUUAGUUCUCGAGUUAUGCAGAAGUUUGUGUUUCAUUUGCAUGGCAGAGAGGGAAGAGGAGUGUCGAACUACCCUAGAAACGUUUAUCGAUUCCUAAAACCUCUAUAUGCUAAGUUUGAUUCCAUUUGUUUGAUUAGUUCUCGAGUUGUUCAGCACCCUCCCCUCCUCCUCUUUAGAGAGGAGAAAGGAGUGUCAAACCACCAUAAAACAUGUAUUGGUUGUGGUUGUGCUAUUAUUAACACAACAACGAUCAUAUCAACUGUCUUCGCUGUCCGCUCCGCUGAACAAUGCAAUAACUGAAGAAUUACUAUUUCGAUUUAAUGGCUACUACUGUGAAAUUUAUAUGAGCAACAUGUAACAUGUACACGAUUCAAUCCGGUUCUGUUAAAUAUAAUGCUAAUGGAACUAUAAUGCUAAUGGAAUUAAAUAAAUAAGCAAAUGGGAUAAAACAAAAUUCAU